ACUAUUCGUAAUUCCUCGAGUUGUUGUGAGCUUAGCAAUCCUGAGUCUCCUGAGUGAAUCCAUAACUCAGCAAUAGACAAUGAAGCGUUUACCAUGUGUUUUGUAAAGAAAUUUAAGAGGAAACGUUUGAAUUUGUUAACCGAUAGUAAGGAAAAGAGGUGAGUGUUGUUGUUGUUGUUGUCAUCUCCGCGAGCUGUGCGGGCUAUGGCGUGAGCUCAUUCUUUGCAAAGUUGUUUUCUCUCAAUAACAAUUUUUCGGGAAAUUAAUAGUUUUCCGACACCUAAAUAUGGAUUUUACAAUCAUUUUAGAGUACACUUUCUCUCAGUUUCAGGAUAAAAACAUAAGAUUAACUGUGAGGAAAAAAGAUAUAUUCACGUAAACAUUGACGCGUACUGCUUUGAGCGCGCCCUUCAAUAAUAAAAUUUUCAGUUAACUGCUGCAUUGAUCGCUUUGAUAAUGUUAUAAAACAAUUAGUUCAUGCUGCAGCUGUGCGUAUGUCGAGAUAUUGAGCACUUGGGAAGUUUGGAGAGCACUCAAGAGGCUAGAGUUGCACUCGGCUGCGCCUCGUGCAACUCUUACGCCUCUUUCGUGCUCUCCAAACUUCCCGCGUGCUCAAUAUCUCGACAUACGCACGCUGACGCAUGAACUAAUUGUUAAAUUGUCGAUUUGCCAAUCAAAAUGAAAGGAAAUUCGAAACGCACUUCCGGUAGUUCGUUGAGGGCGUUAGCGGCCCAGAACAACGAUAUCGGCGCUGCUUCGCAAACGUUACUUACCGUGGUUAAAUUACGUCUGCGACACAGGCUAAUUGGUACAAAAACCACGUGUAAUCAAAGGCUCCUAGGAGCGAGCUCAUGGAUGAAUUGAAUUAGUGUAGAAAAGACAGUUCAAUAAUCAAAGAAAAACAUAUAAAUCUUUUUGAACGGUUAAUGGUGUACGGAGUUGCCAAAAUACAGCGUGACUCGAAGCAUCCGAUUGCUUGUGUACCUGAAUAUUCUAGAAACUUUUUAUCAGCGCAGCAUUUCUAGUUACAAAGCAAAGAUCACUUUUAAAAGCAAUUAUUGACGCUUUUUGUUUGUAAAAGAAUUUGCUUUCUCAUGUGAUUGUCAAAUUUCCGAACGACAGUGCACUUUCUUGUAAAAUAGCCAAGUUUAACAUACAUGAGUUUUAUUUAAACCAUGAUGAGUACGUAACGGUUAGUAUACACAGUACGAGCUAUAUUAAAUACAGAAGACAGGCGUUUAUGGCUAAAUUGAACUGCUUCAGAACGCGCUUUUGAUAAACACGAGCUAAAAAUUAUUUUAAUACAUGUAAAACGGAUUAAGCUCAAAGCAGCACGUGCUCUGACCUAGCCAAGUAAUUUAAACGCAGUCGAAGUAUCCGAUUGCCUUUCGCCAGAGACUUGUUUAUACCAGCGCAGCAUUUCUCGUAGAAAUUACAUUAAUAGCACUGCUAAAUGGAAUCACCGACAAACAAAAGCCUACUUUAAGGCAAAGAUCCCCUAAGAAUUCAAGCAAAAUAGCGUAACGCUUGUUGGUUCUAAAACUUGUGGUUCUAGCUGACACAACAUUAAUUCAUUCCCUGUUUGCAUACCAAGACAAAUGGUCGAACGGAUUCGUCCAAAUAACUGAAUAAACCUCAAUAGAUACUCCUCAAUGUCGCUUUAACAAUUCGAGGACAGUUUUUUUGCAGUGAUUAUAAGGCUCUUUGGCUUAUUCGCUUUUCGCUGAACGAAAUCCCAUCGUCAGGCUGCAAUAGCUCUUUCACACUCCUGUUGAUCGCAUCUUCUCCAUAUCAAGUACAAUAUCGGGAACAAAUGUGCACAAUUCGUCCAAAUAUACAACAAUGAUCCACGCUCAAUUAUUUCAAUGUCCUUUUAACAAUUCUAAGUCCAUUUCUUGCAGAUGAUAUUAUCAGUGUUCUUUAAAAUAUUGUUAUUUAUACAAAACCCAUCUCUAUAAUUGAUGUGUCGGGAAAAAAAAUUCGCCUUACUAGUACCCUCUAGAAUAUUCCAAACAUAUACGUAAAAGGCACUUGGAAAAAAAGUAAUACUAAGUAAGGGAGGUAGGAGUAACGUGUUUAAUCUGACUUUAAUGAAUAAAUUUAUGAGAAUCGAGUGAGUUAGUGAGUGAGUGAUCGAGUGCCAUUCGAGUGCCUCCAAAAGCCCAUGGCAUGACUAAGUCAUCCGUGAGCUAAAAACAGCAAUAUUAUUUACUGAGCGACAAAUAGAAAUUCACUUUUUAAAACUCAACUGUCGCCUUGCGGACACCCUGCUAUAACGGACACCCCGAUAAUACGGAGAGCAACUAAAUCCCGGGCAAAAAUUAAUCAUGACAGAUGUUUGACUGAAAUAAACUCCCACUAUUACGGACUCUAGCUAACGAGGACACUAACUAGAAGUCCCUACGGUAUCCACUUUUGAGGGAGUUCACUAUAGCGACAAAAGACGAUGGGAGAAGGGAGUUAAUAUUGUUUUUUGAAAGCCUUUCGACCAGCACUAAUCGCGGCUAUGGCGCAACCUUAAAACCCUUAAACCCCCUUAACCCGGAUUCAGUUUAUUUGACUCAUCGUGUAAAAAUCUCUAUAAGUUAGAAAGCGUUCAGAUCCAUUCAGGAAUACAACCCAUCUCUCUUGGUACAACUUAAAUUCCAAAGAGUAACACAUAUUCAAACGAGACAAAUUAAAAAGAGGAAGCUCGCUACCGUACCACCCCUAGCCCAUACAUUAAUUGUAGAAAUGCAUAAGCUAUGCAUUAAUUACAACCCCUGUAAAAUGUAGUUUUCUUUCCCACACGCCCGAAGGACAUUGUAUAAACGUGAAGGGAAUAAUCGUCGGAAAAUUCGAAUUAAACCCCUUUGAGAAACCAAUGUGGGUGUGCCUCAAGCUUAAACCCCAAAGGAGAUUUCUGUGCUGUCAGUGUCAGGGCAUUUUUUGUAAAUUUCUUUUAAGCGAUACCUGAAUGGGCAAAUAUAGUAGACAUAGUGACUUUCCAUUCCAAACACCCUAAUUGAGACCGAAAUCUGCAUUUAUGCACCCAAAAGGGAGACGACGAAUAUCCCCGUCACUUUUAUGUGGGAGUUCCCCCGGGCCCCCACGUUCUGUCAGUUAUUAAGAUCACCCAUAAUCCACCAUUUCUCCUGAAAGGCGAUAUGAUGGACAAAUAUGCUACAGUAUUUUUUAAAUAAAUUUGAUACUUACUUCCUGUUUUGCUUGAGACCCUGAAUACGCAGAGACGAGUUUAAGUUUUUUUCUUCCAAAAGCGAUAGUUCAUUAUUAUCACACUCGAAAAAAGAGUUAUUGAACCAGCUGAGUGGUUUCGGUUUACAAGUAAAUCAAACUUAACUUUCAGUUAACGUUAGUGGCUGUCACGGCAAAAAAAUGAACCCAUCAAGGAAAGAAGAGAACGGGUCUUGUAGAAAACAAACAGUGGACAGCUUGAGUUGCAGGUCAGCUUUGUUGUUGUCUGUUGUAUGUUGUAUUGCACUGAUUCACGUGGAACUCAGAUUACAGGAACGUCAUCGGCUGAUAUCAACUUCAGUAACAUGCUGUGAUCAGAUGGAAAGUAAAAUUCUUCAAAAAGUGCAGCAGAAUAACGAAGAAUGGCAAAUGACGAAAGGCAGCCAUUUUUUAGGGGGUCAAAGACAGCAGACAACAGGUAGGUUUGUAACGGAUGUUAAUGUCGAUUAAUGAUCAGGUUAUGUUUGAACCAAAAGCAGUUAUGCCAAAGUUUUGUUUUUCAACCAACGUGUUUUCAAGGCACCCAACGACGGUUUCCUCCAAAACUCAUUAAAAACGAUUUUUAGGCUGCCAGAGUUACUUUUGGACCUCUAGAAAUGCAUUCUAAGCGGCGCUAUUAAAUUAGUUGUAUCUGUUCGGUUAUCCUAGGAGAACUUGAGUCUUUCGAAAGGGCUUCAGUAUUAUUUUUCCGAAAAUUGUUCAUGAGAUGUAACGUACUUAUUUUCUGAUUCCUCUCUUCAUCACAUUUUUGAAUCUGAAAAUUUUAGGUUUCCUUUUUUCCUACGAAAAAUAGCCUAACCUGGAGAUUGAAAUGUGAAAAUUAAACUUCAGAAAAUCGUUGGGAAUUUGUUAGAAAAGCUUUCAAUAUUGCACAUGAAUGGAACGGUCAUCUAGAAAUUUUUAGCCGUCCUCAAGUAAUAGAAAAUUCUAGGCAAGGUUUGCUUCUCCGAACAGAUAUUUCACUGAAAACAGUUUGGCGUUGGGUGCCCCUGUGUUUUAUGUUUCAUGUUUCGCGGCACGCUCUCUCUUUCACGAAGAAAAAUUUCAAGGAAAACCUCUGGGACCAUGUUAAGCUACUAUAGAAGACAACCAAAUAUAUUUCACUGAGAGAAAGCAAUCUUUCGUGGGUAAUACAAUUUUGAUUUAGCGUUAACUUCGGUUGAAAUUGAAAUUUUGAUUCUCUCGAUAUUUUCAAGGCCCCGAAGUCACCAAAUCAAGACAGAAGCGCACAUCGCCUGUUAAAUCACAGAAAAAAUCCACACAAACAACCUCCAAUGCAAAAAUACUGAUUAAAGAAGAGCUGCGACUGUUACAGAACCAAAUUUGUUCUAAAGAAGGACCAAAAGGUAAGACAGGACGAAGAGGAAGGCCUGGUAUCCAAGGAAGACCAGGUCCCCCAGGGAGACCCGGGCCUGAGGGACCUCCGGGUAAACAUGGACCAAUAGGGCCUCAAGGAGCAAUGGGUAUAAAGGGGGACUUCGGGGUAACCCUGGUCCCGUCGGGCCUCGAGGUUCACCAGGUGAGAAAGGCACAAAAGGUGAGCCGGGCCAGUCCAUCGCGGCUCCAUCUCUGCUGCAGCGUCCUGUUGAAACCACAGUCAAUGAAAGUCAGACAGCCAUCUUAAAAUGUACAGCCUACGGUAAUCCAACGCCUCUAGUCACGUGGUGUAAGAUAAAUUCUUCGCUUCCAGUGGGACGUCACGUGGUAGAAUCCAGUGGUGCGCUGAUUGUGAAGAACGUUAGACCUGGAGACGAGGGUGUUUACAAGUGCAAAGCUGAAAAUGUUCUGGGCAGCGUCAACGCCUCUGCGAGACUUCUAGUUCAAUGCAAGUUGGGUUGUAUUUUCCUAAAUUCUGCUCCUGCAGCAGUCUUAUUUAAAUAAUUUUGUGCCCAGUAAGAGGCCAGCACCGCGCUGCUUUCGUGAUCAGUCAUAGAAGCUAUCAUACAAGACCUGUAAAAAGGGUCCCAGCUCUUUUAUAUUCUGAUGUAUUUUGCUAUACAGAAUGCUGUAAAAGAAUCAAUUGGAACAAUUCAUUGCGAUUUAAACAGUUUUGUACUUUAGAGAGAAAGGUUUGAUAAAUUGAAUUGUCGUUCAGUGCCCGUUCUGGAGCGGGAUAUGACAGGCUAGUUAUAUGAUUGGCUAAUGGUGUUUUAUCUCUCAAUUUUUCGACAGUUGCUCCUCAGGCCUUGCUGUCUUCUAAAACAAAGUUGGCAGAGGAAAACCAAAACGUCACUAUCACUUGCACUGCUACUGGUCGGCCGAAACCUGAUACCACGUGGUCCAAAUCCGAUGGAACUUUGCCGACAGGUAGAAAUUGGGUGAUGAACGAAGCGCUAACAAUCUACAAUGUGGUAAAAAAGGACAGAGGAACAUUCGUUUGUAAGGCAGAGAAUAUCCUCGGAUCAUCAUCGGACAGGACUCAACUUAUGGUAUUCUCCCCGCUGCGCUUUAAAAUCCACCCUCCUAAAGAUGUUACUGCUGUCAUUGCUUCAACUGUACAUUUGCCGUGUGUGGCCGAGAGCGACCUGA